AUGAGCUUUAUAUAUGGGCGGUCAAAAGGAGUGUAAGUCUUUUCUUAAUUCUAAUUAUUUUUUGAAUAAUAAAUGUAGUCUCCCUACAAUUUCGUGCUUUUUUUGCUGACAUGAAUUUGUAUUAUAUAAUCCCCUAUUUGCAAUAAGAAUUUUCUCUACGGCUCUCGGUUUUCACCUAAAUAAUUAUUGUUGGGGUUUCUAACUGAAAAUGGUCCGAAUUUUUCGAAAACGACGAGUUGAGUAUAGUAAAGAACAAAAACGUGUCAGGUUAGUACAUUUUUCAAUCCUUUUUUUUCAAAUUCAUCUUCCCCCGUUUUUUUCUAUUUUUUCAAGAAAAAAUAAAGAAAUAUAUGAGCCAUUCAUUUCAGCUAGCCUAUUAUAUUGUUUUUAUGAGAAUCAAAAUUAAUGUUCCAAAAAAGUCUACGGCUAAAUAUUUUUGAAACAGAUAAAUCAACCAAUUUUAUGUGGAUAUGCACAUCGAAAAUCACGAAAAUAUUUUGAGGUGGUUGUAGAAACCGAGGUACUGUACUUGGUUACGAUAAUUAGAGAAUUUGAUUUAUGAGAAAAUAUGGAGAACCAAAAUGUUUUAUGUGUUUCUAGAAACAAAAUAUUCUACUUGCGGUUCGAAAUUUAAGAACCACCUGGAUUAAAAAAUUGGUGAAAUAUUACAUUUUUAAAAUCAUAAAAAAUUACAAAAAUUAUUGAAAAACCCAAAAAAUUAAUUAAAAAAAUCAUACCAAACGAUAAUUAUUUCAAGAAAAUGAGCAAAAAUUUUCCGCGGAUUGGAAUAAAAUACAACUUCACUUUUCAGAUUUUUUUGAAACUACUAAAAAACUUGAAUACAAAAAAAUUCGAAAAUAUAAAAGAAAAAAUCCAACGCGCAGUUGGCACAAUUAUUAGAGCUUUUAUGCUAACUUUUAUCAUGACAAGUAAAGCUGAAUCACAUGCCAUUGUAAAAUCAUCAAAAAUGAGGGAUGUGUCAUGUGAUUCAAGCAAUUAUCGAGUAGAAUAUUACUUAUUUUUGUGCAAUUGAAUCACAUGAAUUUUUGAAUUAAAAUCAUCCUAUAAUUAUCAAUUGCUACCAGAAAUGAGCUAUUUUGGGAUUUUUUUUUUGAAUUCACGUAAAUGAAAUUUUUCAAUUGUCAUUAUUUUUCACUGUUUUUUUUGAAAGGUGAUUUCUGCAUUUCAAGGAACCAUGACUGAUAGAAGUACACAAAAAUAUGUGUAUGUCAUAUAAACAAUUAGGAUAGACUGUUUUUGAUAACGUAAUUGUGGAUGUAGGCUAAAACCAGCUAAAUUCAACUUAUUAUCGAGAUGUGAACACUGUAAACCCCUCUCUUUUCUUAAAAUCAUCAAAUAAAUUUGCAGAGCAUCUGUGCUGGGCAUAAUAAUCGGUUUCAUUCUCUUCUCAAUCGCUCUCUAUCAUUGGCCUGUCAAAAAUGCCGACGAAGCUCCAUGGACACCCGAAACGCCGACCGAUCAUCUCCUAAUUCCCCGAAUAUUGUUGUCGAUCUUCCUUAUUUCAACCACAAUCUAUCUUGUCAGUUUGUAUGCGAAACACGAUUUAUUGCAUAUUAUUCGAGCUCAAUUGACAGCUCAAAGGCAUUCUUCUUCUCUACAAUAA